AUGCGUUACCAUGCUGGUCCCCUUAACUGGGCUUUCAUAGGAUGGCUGUUCCUAGGUCUUCUUCAACUGGCCGAUUGCGCUUCAGUUGAUAACAAGUUAUCACACGCCCGAGAGAGAAUCUGGCUCUGGGAGAUGUACGACCUUUUCUGCGACAUUGAAGGGCCAGAUAAGCAGGAUGUCAUCUUCAAACAGAACAAGAAUCACAAAUGGGCCAACCAAAGGCACUACUCCUUGGUCAACACGGCCGACGGCAAAUUGACAUAUGCCGAGUUCAUGGCAGACCUGGAGAAGAAGCUUAGUCCUAUCGACGUCGACAAAUCUCUUGUGGCUCCCAAUGGUGAAGGCGUCGGCAAGCCUACGACUGCGCAGGCUGUCGAUGCUCUCAAGACCAAAGGCUGGGCUCAGCCUAUGGAUGUCGAUCAAGUCACGAGUGGCCGUAGCAAGAACUACAUGGAGCUCGUGGGUCGUGUAGACAAGAAGUUCCAAGAUUACUUUACCAAUCUUGGCAACGACGACAAAUGGAAACGAAGGCUGAUCGAGACAAACAUGCGUACAGAAAAGCUUUCCAAUGACAUUGUUCAGCUUCGCAAGCAAGAGGCUGACGAAUGGCUGAUCAAGCAAAUAACCAGACAAGUUGACCCGCCCAAUACUCCGAAUGACAAAAAGGCAUACGGUCUUGGCAUAAAUCGCAACGACCUGGUCAUUAACAAACUCACGUCUCCUGUUGAUGGCGCGACUACGUACGAGAGGGUGGACUUGAUAGAGUCUUACCUGAACAAACCUGAUGCGCUUAACAAACAGCUGAAAGCAGCAGGUGUCAGCAAUGGCAUCGAAGGUCUUGUUAAGUGGGCUGAUAACUUGGGAAACGUGGCAAAUAAGGCUUUUGCGAAUGCUGGUCCUGGGUACAGUGAUCAGAACGUGUCUCACCACGCGGCCAAGGUGGUGUGGACUGAUGCGCAUAAGAAUGCUAGUAACAGACUGGGUAACAUUAAACCUCCAUCUUGUUCUAGAUAG